AUGCUCUCCAUCCAAACCGAGAUCCUCUCCUCCCUCAACCUCCCCUGCCGCAUCCUCGAAAUGCCCACCGCCGACCUCGGCGCCAGCGCCGCCCGCAAACAGGACAUUGAAGCCCUCUUCCCCUCGCGCAUGAACCCAGCUGCUGCAGCAGACACCAGCGGCUGGGGCGAAGUCACGUCCGCCUCGAUCUGCACGGACUACCAGAGCCGCCGGCUGGGGACGCGCGUGCGCACGGCGUCCGCGGCACGGUUUCCGCACACGGUCAAUGGCACGGCGGUGGCGGUGCCGCGGGUGCUGGCGGCGAUACUGGAGAACGGGUGGGAUGAGAAGAGGGGAGGGGUGGUGGUGCCGGAGGUGCUGAGGGAUUGGAUGGGGAUGGAGAUGAUUGGGGGUAGGGAGGUUUGA